CAUUGGGGUUGACGAGAGUUCUUCUGGAGUAACUGUGGGUGUUGCAAUUUCGAGUUCCCAAUUCCCGGUAGAUACUUCAUGUCGUGGGCUGGAGCAGAAGAUACUUUCCUUUCCACUUCUCUUGCAACCUAUCUCGACAAAAAGCUUCUUGUAUUAUUGCGAGAUGGACGAAAGUUGUUGGGAUUGCUACGAUCUUUUGAUCAGUUUGCUAAUGUUGUUCUUGAAGGCGCAUGUGAACGAGUAAUUGUGGGUGACCUUUAUUGUGACAUCCCAUUAGGUCUGUAUGUUAUCCGUGGGGAGAAUGUCGUCUUAAUUGGGGAGCUGGAAUUGGAUAAGGAAGAGCUUCCCCCGCAUAUGACUUUGGUACCAGAAGCUGAGAUAAAAAGGGCUCAGAAAGCAGAGAGGGAUGCAACAGAUUUAAAGGCUCCAUGAGAAAAAGAAUGGAGUUUCUCGAUUUUGAUUAACUUGCUCUCCCAUUUUAUUGUGGGUUCAGGCCAUGUCUGCAAGUUUUAGUGCGACAGUGACCCAAUACUUUCGCCUAAAUAUGAGCGCAAAAUAGAAUAGAAACUGUAUGAGUUCUGAGCGGUCAUCAACAAAGGGGAGAAGGGAAGUUGUGUUGUGGGUCUAGUAGAUGCGAGGCAAUGUCGACUAUCUUCCCACGUUUCUUUUGGAUUUGAUUGAUGCGUGCAAGCAUGGUCUCGGGUUCUUUGGAAGUGAUUCGGGUUUUAGAUUUUCAAUUGCAUCUCUGUCGAACAUGCUUGUUUUGAUUUUCCAUGGGUUAUUACCUGUUGUGGAGCUUCACUUUUCAUGGCACAUUCGGUGUUAUUUAUAUUUGUAAGAUUGUAAUUCUUGUUUAAUCCAUGUUAUAUUUUAGUCAUAA